GCCAAUAAAGAAGCUUUAUUAUUUGACUGUAGCUACAGUGCAUAGACUCUCUGGUGUGAUUUUGUUUGGUUUUUGCUUACCAUACUCUCUGAUGCCAGCUCACACAUAUUCAAAACAACAAUUAUAAUAUUAUCGUAGAAGAUUCAUAUCGCACACCUCGAGUCCUGUGAUUUUAUUGUGGUCUAUACGUUUACACGUCAGUGGUGUGUGUUGGAGAGCUUGCGAUGAGAGUGUGAACGCGUGUGCUGUUCCUGUUAAAGGUUAGUGAUGCUGGAUGAAUCUGUUUGUUUAAUGAGUGCAUAUCUGUCUCGUGUCCUGAGCGUCACCUGUGUGUGACAGGUUCAGGCGUCUGCGAGGGGAAGUUGUGUGUGUCGUGGGCUAGAAGUGGAAAACACGGCCCUCGCACACGCAUGAUUCACCUGCUCUCUCCUCCGGAGGAUUCACGUGUUAGAUCAAUCUCGGUGAUAAGCACAGGAAAUGCUUUGCCCACUUCACCAGUGGAAAAUUGCACAGCAGCAGAGAUGAGUGUGGCGUCUUCCUCUGCUCACUAAUGUGUGAAGCCCACGUUCCUCAGAAGGUCUCUGCCUGCGGCCUGAUAAAUGACUGUGGUUCAGGAUGAAGGGUGGAGGUUUGGCAGGGAGCUGCAGCCCCUGCUAGAUUCCCCGCCUCACCUUCAUCAUCAUCAUCAUCAUGGCCAGUCACCUGGAGCUGCUGAUGGAGCUGCAGCAGCUGGAUAAGGUGCCCAGUCUGGAACGGCUCAGAGCCGCGCAGAAGCGUCGCACGCAGCAGCUCAAGCGAUGGGCCGUCUACGAGAAAGAAAUGCAGAACAAGAAGCGCAAGGGCGACAAACGCCGCGGCCACUGGAACCUGCGGGAAAACCGCAAAAGGGUUUCGUUUGCGGCGAGCAUCGCUCUGCUGGAGGCCUCGUCGAGGAACGAUCCGGAUGAAGUGCGAUAUCUACUGAAGAACAACGUGAGUCCUGAUCUGUGUAACGAAGACGGACUGACGGCCCUACACCAGUGUUGCAUUGAUAACUAUGAGAAUAUGGUGCGGAUCCUGCUGGCUCACGGAGCGACUGUCAACUCUCAGGACAAUGAGCUCUGGACGCCUCUUCAUGCUGCAGCGACAUGUGGACACACGGGCCUCGUCAAGAUCCUCAUCCAGCACGGCGCUGAUCUCUUAGCAGUGAACUCAGAUGGUAACAUGCCCUAUGACCUCUGUGAGGACGACCCCACGCUCGACAUCAUCGAGACCGCCAUGGCCAACCGAGGCAUCACACAGGAGAUGAUCAAUGAGACGAGAGCAGCGGUGGAGAGGAGGAUGCUGGGAGAUAUUCAGAACCUCCUGCAGGAUGGAGCCGACGUCAACCGACACGACUCCCAGGGGGCCACGCUGCUGCACGUCGCAGCGGCAAACGGUUUCUCAGAGGCUGCAGAGAUGCUGUUAGAGGGCGGAGCCAGAACAGAGAUGAGGGAUUCUGACGGGUGGAUGCCGUUACACGCUGCUGCAUGCUGGGGACAGGUGCAUGUGGCCGAGCUUCUGGUUUCUCAUGGUGCCGAUCUAAACGCCAAGACGUACUUGGAGGAGACGCCUAUAGAUCUGUGUGAGGAUGAGGAGUUGAGGAAUCAUCUGCUGGAGUUGAAGCACAAACAUGACAUCAUCAUGAAAUCACAGCUGAAGCACAAGACGUCACUGUGCCGCCGGACCAGCAGCACCGGCAGCCGCGGGAAAGUGGUGCGCAGGGCGAGUGUGUCCAACAGACACAAUCUCUGCAGGAAGGAGUAUCAGACCGAAGCCAUCGUGUGGAGAGGAGGACGAGAGGAAGAGGAGCGAGAGCGGGAGUCUGAUCAGGAAAACAGCCUCUCGACGCAGCCCGACGACGCUCCUCGAGCAGCGGGGAUCCUGAAGGAGGACGGCGGACAGAACGGCUGCAUCUCCAGCACUCCAGCGCCGGCCGCUGACCCCGUGACCCUUGACCGCGCGCCCUCCGCCGAGGAGCCCAAGCACAAAGAGCAUGCACAGACACUGUCCGAACUCAAGAAGCAGCGCGCCGCCGCCAACCUCCUCGCCCAUCCCGUCCUCAACGGCCACCUGGGAAACGGCUCGACUAGAGCCAGCCCCGAGGAUCCGCGCAUGCCGCUGGUCUCGUCCAAUGGCAGCGCAGUUUACUUCACACCUGCCAGUGGAGACCCGCCCCUUCUGAGGUUCAGGCAGCCAAUAGAAGACGAGGAUCCCAAGAGUGACAGCUGCUGCUGCAUCUCAUAGAUCCGACGAGAGGAUCCCGAGCGAUCCGGUUAUCACCCGCUUUUAUUUCUCAUUCCAAGCCUGGAAGUGUGACGAACCCUCUCUGAAUCCUGUGCAGGAACGGGAACUUCUCAGAGGAGGAAGGAAAUGAUCUCCUUCAGGCUUCCCAGGUUAAAUGUGUGACAUAUGCUUCUCUAUUUCACUUCCAGCAGCAGAUCGAACAACAGACGAUUCCUUCCAGCUGUGUAAUGUGCGAUUGUACAGAUCUUCAGCUUAGUGGUGUUAUACAGACCGACAGACGUGUUCCUCUCCUGUACAGUAUUUAUUUGUAUAUGUACAUAGAGCCACUCUUCUAUAAGAUUAUUUAUUGUAUUCCAGAGAGAUGAAGUGACGGAUGGAGCACAAACGAGUCAGUAUUUUUCUAUGACAGUGUUAUAAUGACCAGAUGAAGUAUUUGAAUGCAUCUCACGUCCAACUCACAUUUCACACUCAAAUCACAAGAACGGCGUAGCCAGCCUCUGAUAUGUUGUGCAUCUAGUGCUGUCAAAUAAAUUAAUCGCGAUUAAUCGCAUCCAAAAUAAAAGU